GCGGCGGUUCCGGUGGUUGGUCGUUUUUUCCGCCGCUGGUCCGCAGCAGCUCCGGCUUCUCCAUGGCCGCUGCGGUCGCUGGCGCGGUUCUCCCUGCCGGGCCGGCAGUGGGGAAGGCGGUGGCCAUGGAGGCCAGGCUCGGAGGCUUAGGACCCCCGCCUCCUUGCGGGGAAGUAGCCGAAAUGGCAACGCCGGCCGCGCAGGUGAUUCCUUAACUUUCCUGAUCACUGUCUCCAAAUACUUUCUAAAUGAACAUUCCUGUUACUCUCAAAUUGCUGGAGAUGGCAAGUCCAGCCAUCAGCCCUGACUCUUCUUCCCAUGAAGCACUUUCUUCUGUCAACUCUAUGCCUGCAUGUUCCCCUACUUCUGAUUCUGAGAACCUGAGCCCAGAUGAGUUGGAGCUGUUAGCCAAGUUGGAAGAACAAAACAGGCUUUUGGAAGCUGAUUCAAAGUCAUUACGCUCUAUGAAUGGCUCACGAAGGAAUAGUGGGUCAUCCUUGGUAUCCAGUUCUUCUGCAUCAUCCAAUCUGAGCCAUCUUGAAGAAGAUACCUGGAUCUUAUGGGGAAGGAUUGUCAAUGAAUGGGAAGAAUGGCGGAAAAGAAAAGAGAAGUUACUCAAGGAACUCAUAAGGAAAGGAAUCCCUCACCAUUUCCGAGCAAUUGUUUGGCAGCUUUUGUGCAGUGCCACAGACAUGCCAGUGAAGAAUCAAUAUUCAGAGUUGCUGAAAAUGUCUUCUCCUUGUGAAAAGUUAAUCAGAAGAGACAUUGCUAGAACAUACCCUGAACAUGAGUUCUUCAAGGGACAAGACAGUCUGGGCCAGGAGGUUCUCUUCAAUGUUAUGAAGGCUUAUUCUCUAGUAGACCGUGAGGUUGGGUACUGCCAAGGUAGUGCAUUCAUCGUGGGAUUGCUACUCAUGCAGAUGCCGGAAGAGGAGGCCUUCUGUGUAUUUGUACGGCUGAUGCAAGAGUAUAGACUACGGGAAUUAUUCAAACCCACUAUGGCCGAGUUAGGACUUUGUAUCUAUCAGUUUGAAUACAUGCUGCAGGAACAACUACCUGAGCUGAAUAUCCACUUCCGCUCCCAAAGCUUUCUCACCUCUAUGUAUGCAUCAUCUUGGUUUCUUACACUCUUCCUCACUACUUUUCCUCUACCUGUGGCCACACGAGUAUUUGACAUCUUCAUGUAUGAGGGAUUGGAAAUAAUUUUCCGUGUAGGAAUGGCUCUUCUGCAAUUCAACCAAGCUGAACUCAUGCAACUGGACAUGGAAGGGAUGUCGCAGUAUUUUCAGAAGGUGAUUCCUCAUCAGUUUGAUAGCUGUCCUGAUAAGCUGAUCUUAAAGGCCUAUCAAGUCAAAUACAACCCUAAGAAAAUGAAACGACUGGAGAAAGAGUAUACUGCAAUCAAAAACCGGGAAAUGGAAGAACAGAUUGAAAUCAAGAGGCUCCGUACUGAGAAUCGCCUUCUGAAACAGCGAAUUGAAACCCUGGAGAAGGAGAGUGCUGCCUUGGCAGAUAGAUUGAUCCAGGGCCAAGUUACCCGUGCACAGGAGGCUGAAGAGAAUUACAUUAUCAAGCGGGAGCUGGCAGUUGUGAAGCAACAAUACUGCUCUGCCACAGAGAAUUUGCAGAAGGCACGAAGCACCAUUCAGCAACUUCAGGACCAACAAGCAAAUCCCCGCUACUCUGAGGAAUUUGUGAGCCACCUGGAAACAGAACUGGAGCAAUCCCGCUUGAGGGAAUCUGAGACUCUGAGUGCCCUUAAAGAGAUGCAGGAUAAAGUUCUGGACAUGGAAAAGAAAAACAGCUUGCUUCCAGAUGAAAACAAUGUGGCCCGUCUGCAGGAAGAACUGAAGGCUAUGAAGUUGCGGGAGUCCGAGGCAAUGAAAUCCUUCAGAGAGCUGCAAUAUCAAGUGAAGGAACUCAAUGACAAUUGGCAGGCCCAUCUGAGCCGGACCGGCGGGCGGUGGAAGGACUCUCCACGAAAGAACACAAUAAAUGAUCUCCAAGAUGAACUGAUGAGUCUCCGUCUGCGUGAGACACAGGCUCAGGGCGAGGUCCGGGAGUUGCGUCAAAGAGUGGUAGAACUUGAAACCCAGGAUCAGAUUCACAGCAAUCUCCUCAAUCGGAUGGAACAGGAGUGUUCUGGGCUGCACGAAAAGGUGCAGUAUCUCACCGCCCAAAACAAAGGGUUGCAUACACAGUUGAGUGAGACCAAGCGCAAGCAUGCUGAAUCUGAAUGCAAGAGCAAAGAAGAAGUUAUGGCUGUCCGCCUGAGAGAAGCUGAUAGCAUGGCUGCUGUUGCAGAGAUGCGGCAGAGGGUUGCUGAACUGGAAAUCCAGAGAGAAGAAGGAAUGAUCCAAGGUGAACUCAACAAUUCUGAUGCCUCGCAAUACAUCCGUGAACUCAAAGAGCAGAUUGAUGAACUCAAGGCAGAGAUUCGGCUAUCGAAAGGACAGAAGCCUUUUGAGGACUCUAUGGGUUUUGAUGGUAUACAUAUUGUGAGUCAUCUGGCAGUGGACGAUGACUCGCUGCAUUCUUCAGAUGAGGAAUUGCUGACCAGCCCUAUGGUAGUGGGUGCCCUGCAGGAUGUUUUGUAUCCACUGUCUCCUCACAACACACACUUUCUGCAUGGGGCUGAAAGCUCUGGUAAGGAGAGCGAUGGCACCACAGAUAGCGAUCCAGAUGACCCUACCUCUGCUACGGAGGCCAAUGGUGAGAUCAUCUUUGCAGAGGCCUUGGGCAAAUGAGGAGUGAUGCUGCCAUCCCAACUCAGUCAGUUGAUCCACCGGCCAUGUUGUACUGAGAAGUCAGGGAUCAGAUGUAACUGAGUCUUCGGCCCAGGGAGUGUCCCGGCUCAGAUGCGGCAUGGAGUGCCCCACACAAACAGAACGGAUUGUUAUCAGCACUGCCUUUUUUUUCAGCUUUGCCACUGGGAGUUAAAAUCCAAAUCCAGGUAUUGGCCUCAUCCACGUCCUGCUUUCCACACAUUUUUUUUCCUUCUCUACACAAAGAUUUGCACAGAUGAGGACUGUGAAGGGGCAGCAGAAGCAAUCAAUCCACUGAUUCCCUAAAAUGCAGCCUAGCUGUGUUCCAUCUCUGUCUCCUUGCUGUGCUUGGAGAAGGGAAAGGGGUUGGUCUUCCCUUUAUUUAUAUUUGUCUCCUAGCAUGCUACUCUGCAUCCAGAGGAGAAAAUGGAGUGCCUGCAUACUUGUUUGUAAUUUUCGGACAAGGAGAAAAAUGAGCUUCUGAAGAGGUGAUUUGUUCUAGUGAGGGAGAUAAUAUUUUUGUUCCUGUUUAUUAUUUAUUUUUAGAGUGCAAUUACUAAUCCAGCUCUUUGAAAAGUUCGAUGAUUUUGAGGGCUUUUAUAUGGAGGAGCCAAAACUACUUCUGUACGUAAUCAUACAAUAUUUUCUAUUUAAUUAUGUAAAGGGAUAUGCUUUACUAACUCCACUUUUAUAUCAUAUUUUCAAACUCUGUUUUUUGCAGCAUUCUGGCUCAGUGCCUAAUUGGCUCAGAUAGAAAAACAGUCCAUCAAUGCACGUGCACAUGUGUGCAUACACACACACUUAUAUAUAUAUUUGCGGGGGAGAAGAUGUGUUAGUAAGCUGCUACUUGAUUCAUGAAAUCAGUAUUAAUUGCUAAACUAUCAGGCAGCUGAGAAUUCAACAAAGUUACUGUGUGGGAAGAGUCGAAUACUGUGGAAUGUCUAGAUAGCUGAUUCUGCCAAGAUAACAAAAAUGAAGGCCCUUGAAGGCUCAAAUUUGAAUUACAUAUCAAGUAAAUAUGAGUUUCCUAAUGCUAUGUUUGCUUCCAAACAUUGUUAGAGUAGGAAUAGCAAGGAAGAACCAGCAGGAAAGUUAUGUUUAACCCUUGUGCGUUUACUGAUGAUUCUGAUUCUGAUGAUGCAAAUGCUCCUUGGUUCCAUUAAGCAUUGGAGCAUUGGGUUGUAUGAAAUGUAGUUCUGCUCCAAGGAGCAAUUCCUUGCAGAAACAAGCCUUCUCUUGGAGGGUGUGUGUGUGUGUGUGUGUGUUUGUGGAGGAGGUUGGGGGCAAGGCAAGGCAGGGUAGAGAAAAGAGCAUGUUUUCUUAACAGAAUUAGCUUCUAAGAACGAAAGGAUUGCUGGUCGCCCACUUAAUGACAGUUGGCAAAGAAAGAACCCAUAAUUUAUGCGGGGAUUCUGAUGAAGAAGGCUUUGAAUAAAACUGUAAAGUGAUGUGUACUUCUUCAGUUGGAAAUACUACAGUCAUUGCAAUGCUAUUUGUAAUUCAGUUCAUACUCAGUUUGCUGCAAAAAGGUUUGUUUUUCACAAAAGGGAAUGGGGCGGGGUGGGGCAUCAGUAGUUUAAAAACAACAGUGAAGUAUUACUUAGGAGCACUGCAUGUUUUUUGAGGCUACGAAUAAUGCUGCAGUUGGGACCACUUCUUCACUUUUGAAGUAUAGAACUAAAGACGGUAGUUUAAUUUUGUCCCCUUUCUUUAACAGAGUCCAUGUUUAAGAGUAUUAAUGCUACUGUGCCACAGCAUGAUUUUGGGGUAUUGGUGUAGCGUCCAGACAUCACUGCAAGUAAGAUUCCAGGCUCUACCUCCCCCCCCCAAAAAAAAAGUUAGGGCAAUGUAGAAAAUGCCUUUGAAAGAUAUGCAGCACUGUUUCUUCCCAAUUAAAUUAAGAAGUUGUGCAGGUUUUGAAAUACUUAGCAUUGCAAGGUAUCUGAAUAAAGGUAUUACUGCCACUGAUGAUGUUGCAGCUGAAAAUAAAGAUCACCUGACACUAGAAGAUGGAAAGGGUUUCACAGAAGGUCUAUGAAAGAGGAUGGGCAAGUGCAGAACGUGGAAGAUGUGAGGCUUUGACCCUGCCAGGAAGGUAGGCUAGGCGAUGUUGUUAAGCAAGAUCUCUGGUUGUGGAUGGCCAUCGACUAACAGGUUUGUGGAAUUGGGGAAUGAAAUAUUCCGCCUCUCAGGGAAGGGGGCCAUUUCUUGCUACGGAUGUGUUUUCUUCAUCCUCGGCUCAGUUUUUCUUUCCUUUCUCAUCUGUAGUGAACCAAUCUGCCAUUUAAGUUUACCUAAACUUGUAAAGCUUGCAACUUUAUUAAUAACCGACCAUGUUCUGUAUCAGACACAUAGGCCUCUCUUUUUGGAAGAAUUCUCCAUGACCCCUUCCUUGGCAUGGGUUUGGAAGGGAUUGGUAAGGGAGAAGCUGCUGGCAUUUUCCAAGGGCUUUUUAAGCUCCAAAUCAAUGAAGGCAAACCAGCAUUUGUGAAACGGGAAACAAACCUGCAACUGCCUACCCACUUAUCAUGUGGCUGGCCCUGAACUAGUGAACAGAAAUAAACACACAUACACACACAUGUACAGAUAAGUAUUUAUAUAGUAUGCCUAGUGAAAGGCACCAGUUUGGCAUAAUCUUGCGUAUUUUAUAUGUACAAUUUACACACACACUGAUACAUUCACACUACGCUGUAAUACUAAAAUUUUGUAAUUUAUCCUUUCAUUGUUCAGUCUCACAUAAAGAUAAUUGGAAUAAUACAUGGUCCGGAUGAGUUCAGUUUUCAUUGUUGUUUUGAUCUGCUUGCAUCGGUCUGAAGCUCCCCUUCCCUCUGCUAGCAGUGGGGCACAUGUUUGCAAUGUUGGAUGGCUUGUGAAACUGUUUGCCAGUUGUGCUUAAUACCUAGCAGUUGUGGAUAUUUGUUUUGUGUAGUGCUAUCUGAAUGCUUACUGCCUCCAAAAUUACAAGUUAGGAAGACCUUUAACUGAUGUUAUUAUUUUUUUAAAUAUGAAGUAAAUCCAUUGACUUUAGUGUUUUGCAAUUGCACUGGAGUAAACAAAAGGAGAUGGUUCAAACCAUAUCCAAUUUUGUUUUCAAUCUUGAAAUAACAAAUUUUCAAAAUUGUUAUUGUUAAAUUUAGACUUGAUUAAUUUGGCUGAUUUGUCCUUUAAACUUCAUUAUGGCACAACCUUGAUUAAAGUAAAGACUGCUGACCUAUUCUAUACAAAUUAUUCACAGUACUGCAGCUUUUUUCCAGGGUUUAGAUCACAGCUGUGGAGCCUUAUAAUACAGUUGUUUAAAUGAUGCCACAAACGUCAACUUUCCACUAUUUACUGCUUUUACUGUAUAAAAGCUUGAAGAAAAUGAUAACUUUCUUUUUCUUCCAUGCUGGUAAAUACCAGGAACCACAGGAUAUAUUAGGAUUAUUAGGACUAAUUUCUCAGAGACCAUGCAACAUCAGAGGAUAGGAGUUGAAUCUUCCUUUUGCAUAGGUAGAUUAUACUAUACCAGGAAAUAGCAUGCUAUCCUUUGGGAGCUCUGGAUAAUAAACAUAAAACCAUGUGAUAAAUAUUAUUAUAUCAAAUAACUUGCAAUGAAACCUGUAGAAAAUUAAUAAAAUAAGUAUUAGGAGCAAGAGAUGGGAGAUCUAAUUUCAUCACAGCAAAGUGCAGGAAACUCACCUGUUCAAGUUGAAUAAUGUGUUGUUUUUGGUUGAGUUUGGUGAGACACCAAAUAUCAUGAAUAAACCACAGUGUAGUGAAUUACAUUAAGUCAUGAAAAACCGCCUCGAUUUUAAAGGAGUGAGCUUGAUUUACCAAGUGAACUAUGUGUCUAGUUCUUCAUAAAGAAUCCAUUUAUAUCAAGCUAUCCACAACCCUCGGCCCACCACAUUCCUCUGCUGGUUAUGAAUUGUAAAAUCUCCAAGGAAUUUUAUUUUUUUCUUUUUCAAAGUACAGGCCUAUUAAAAACCAUCAAUCCAUAGAAUACAUAGCAAGCCCAUGAGAAGAAAAGUGUACCCAGCCAAUAUUGGUAACCAAGAAUCAAACGUAUCUGUAUUUUCCAGCAAAAGUAUCUGCCUAAUUGGAGGAAGGGAGGGCUAUUGUAUUUGUAGGAACUAUUUUGAACAUAGUUGUGAGUUUCCAAGCCAAGCUAUUUGUGAGUCAGUCAUUGGCUUCUUUUAAAACUUUCUAUUUCCCUUAACAAGAAGUAUUACAAACAAAAUUUAAAGGAUGAAGCCAGUUUUUAAUGCAUUGGUUCUUGUGUGCUUUUUCUCCCUUGCAUUUCCUUUUGUGGCUAUUUUUUGGGCCUUUAUUAUUUUUUUCCAGUGAAGGUGCCAAACCCACUCAGUCCUUUGGCCAACGGGGCAGCCAUAUAUACUGGUAGAUAUAUAUUUAUAUAAAAUAAAUAAAUUUUCAGCAGAACUUCAGCAAGGGAAGAAGCGAAACACCACUUUGAGGUGCCGUUUUGUUUCUGUCAUGAGUUUCCACAGGUAUCUCUUCUCUUACCAUAUCUUCCAUGGCCUACCCCCAAAUAUUUGAACACAAUAUCAUGAGGAAUCUUGUGAUAAGCCUCACAUUCAUUAGCUGAGAAAGAGGACCUACCUAUAAAGUAGUUUAACACACCUAGUAUCUUAAAGCAGACUGUUACACUGCCCCAGCAGAUUAUUUUGGACAGGUGAGGCUGAAGAUGGUGCUUGUGGUAGCUACCAGCAUACUUCAAUUUGCACUUUCGUGGCGGUUUUCUUUAUAUUUCCUUCUACACAGAAGGAAUACAACGUGGUGCUUUGUUAGGACUGGGAUUGGGAUUAUAACUUCUGUUCUCCCCCCAGGAUUGACUCUAGAAUUUGAGUUACAAGCAUUCCUCGACUUACAACCACAAUUGAGCCAAAAAUUUAUGUUGUUAAGUGGAACAUUUAUUAAGUCAGGUUUGC